UAUUACACUGGUAAAUCAAAUAGGGAAAUAUAAAUAUCGUACAAGAGAUAUAACUUUCUUCAGUGAAGAGGGCUAAUUCUUCCUCUCCGAGGAACCAAAGCUGCAAAGGAACUCAAGAAAAAGAAAAAUUGUGAAUUUUUCUAAGUCAACAGAAGGAGAUGAAAAACGGAGCUAUUGUAAUGAAGAUGGCUCGAGUCAUGACUCAGGUUUUCGUUCUGAUAUUUCUUCUUCAAGGUGUUCAUUCCCGAACGUCACGAAACAAAUCGAAUAUCGCUAAACCGGGACAAAACCUCGCAUCUCCCCCGGUUACGCUUAAGAAAAUUGGCCUUAACCAAGUUGUCGUUGAUAAUGGUAUCAUCCAAGUCACCUUCUCGAAUCCAUCAGGCUUAAUAACUGGAAUCAAGUAUAAUGGUUUUAACAAUGUGUUGAACGAUAAAAUCGAGGAUCGCGGGUAUUGGGAUGUAGUAUGGUAUGAACCAGAAAAAAACCCGCAAACAGAUUUUUUAAAAGGAGAAAAAAUCGAUAUUAUAAAUCAAACAAGUGAGCAUGUCGAAAUUUCAUUUUCAAGAACAUGGACAAUGGCUCGACGUGGCUCGAUAGCCCCAUUAAACGUUGAUAAAAGAUAUAUUAUUCGACGCGGUGUAUCUGGAGUGUAUAUGUACGCUGUGUUAGAGAGGUUAAAAGGCUGGCCGCAAGUGGAGAUGGACCAAACUAGAAUUGUCUUCAAGCUUGACACAACAAAAUUCGAUUUUAUGGCUAUAUCAGAUAAUCGGCAGAAAGUUAUGCCUUCUGAUGCAGAUCGAAAUAUCAACAAUGGCACUGCCGCUCCAUUGGCUUACAAGGAAGCGGUUCGGUUGAUGAAUCCACAAAAUCACACGCUUAAAGGGCAGGUUGACGAUAAGUAUAUGUACUCGAUGGAAAGCAAGGACAACAAAGUACAUGGUUGGAUCUCUUCUGACCAACGUGUCGGCUUCUGGAUGAUUACUCCCAGCGAUGAGUUCCGUGCUUGUGGGCCCGUCAAACAAGAUCUCACUUCUCAUGUUGGACCCACCGUACUUUCUAUGUUUACAAGUGUACAUUACGUGGGAAAAGAAAUGAAUACAGCUUAUGCAAGCAGUGAGCCGUGGAAGAAAAUGUUCGGUCCUGUUUUUGUUUAUCUCAAUUCUCCCUCCUCUAGUGAUCCCCUUUGGACGGAUGCUAAACGACAGAUGGCUGCCGAGGUUCAAAGCUGGCCUUAUGACUUCGUGAAGUCAGUUGAUUACCCUCUUCACCACCGAAGAGGAACAGUCGAGGGUCAACUAAUUGUCACGGACAGUUACAAAAGCAAGUCGAAGUUAUACGGGGAGUUUGCUUUUGUGGGUUUAGCACUACCUGGUCAAGCUGGUUCAUGGCAAACCGAAAACAAGGGAUAUCAAUUUUGGACACGAGCAGACAAAAGGGGGAGGUUCGCAAUAGCGAAUGUGAGACCAGGAAGUUAUAGCCUCUACGCAUGGGUUGUCGGAUUUAUUGGAGAUUAUAAAUACGAGCGCGACAUUAUCAUCACACCAGGCAAGGAGAUAAACGUAGGACCAAUAGUGUACGACCCGCCAAGAAAUGGUCCGACGCUGUGGGAAAUCGGGGUACCGGAUCGGACCGCAGCAGAAUUCAAUAUUCCAGAUCCGGAUCCAACCCUUUUGACCAAACUCUAUCUUAGUAAUGCAAAUCCUUCUCAAGACAGAUUUAGACAAUAUGGUCUAUGGAAUCGUUACAGUGUUUUGUAUCCUCGAAAAGAUCUUGUUUUUACUGCUGGAGUAAGUGACUAUAAAAAAGAUUGGUUCUAUGCACAUGUCAACAGAUAUUCUGGAAAAGAGAAAUAUCAAGCAACGACAUGGAAAAUAGUGUUUAAUUUAAAAACAAUGAUUAAAACAGGAAAUUACACACUUCGAAUGGCUUUGGCUGCAGCCACGAAUGCGGAUUUAUUUGUUCGGGUUAACAAAGCUAAUUCCAAUCCUAUUUUCACGAGCGGGUUAAUAGGUCGGGAUAACGCGAUCGCUAGGCAUGGAAUUCAUGGUCUAUACAGAUUGUACAAUAUCGAUGUUCAAAGAAAGUUGCUUAGGGUUGGUGAUAAUACAUUUUUUCUUACUCAAAAUCGGAAUACUAGUUUGUUUACUGGUGUUAUGUACGACUAUCUUCGUUUGGAAGGUCCAUAUUAAGUAUAAUUAAUAAAUUAAUAAAAGAUGAGUGAA